GGCUCCCGUUCCAAUUGCUACCCCUACCCCCCCUCUAGCGCUUACAAGCGGGCCUGCUGAGAUACAGGCACAGAGGAUGCCUUGAAAGUGCAACACAAAAGAUGAUAAAUGUUUUCUAAGAGCCGCAAUUCUUGGUUUCUGCGUCUUUUCGGUAUUAAAGUAAAGACCCUGGUGCGGGGGAUCGUCAGAGAGUCUCCAGGGUCAGCUAGCUACUUGUACCACCCAAACCAGCCCAACCCCCUUCACACUUGGAACUUUUUGUUGACUACAUACAUUACCUAACAACCUAUCCAAGUAUCCACCUACCUACCUCACAAGGCAAGACAUCACCACUUAGAUCCAUAACGAUGCCAGAUCCCCUAUGCCAAGACUGUCCGAAAUUGGAGGUGACAAGGUGGUCUAAAGGAGUCUGCGAAAAAAGUCAAGUUGGAAUUGAUGAAAUAUUAACCACCGGAGAGGGUGGUUCACCUCAAGUUUCGGUCGACUAUAGCUUCCUUCUCAUGAACACGACUAAGAAUUGCAUUAGUGUUGCAUCGGCAAACAAAAUACGCGACUGUCCCUCCCAAUGUAAAACCCAGUUGACUGCCGCUUUUUCAAUGCCAGAAAUGUGGUGGGAGGACCACUAUCGCAAGACGAACGGGUAUUUUGGUUCCGAAACAACAUACGACAGCACGGGGUCCAGCAACGGCAUCAAUACCUGGUCUCGCUUCCUCGUCAAAAAGAUAUGGGAACCCGUACCCAACACCGAUAUCAAAUACCAAUGGCUCAAGUUCAACGUAUUCACGAGGUGGCUUCCGUCGACAAACCAGAUGGUUUUCUUGCUUUUUGACCCCCUGCCCGACGUCAAGAACAAGAUAUAUGCUCGCCUCAAGAAAGCCAUCCCAGAAUGCCGACCGCAGCAGCAGCAUGAUCACUUCUGGGUUCACAGCCAAAUCCUCCACGACUUCAUCGACCUCCAGCACGAGUCCGUCUGGGGCAUACGAAACCACGUCCGCAUGAUGGAGAAGGCCCAGACCGCCAACACCAUUACGCCCGACUUUCGUCACCUGCACGACCUAGCCCGGCACUCGAUCCACAUCUGCGAGACCCUGGAGCUGGCCUGCAUUAGCAUGAACGAGCUGCUAGAAUUUUGCACGUCAUCGUCGUUGUCAUCGACGUAUCAGCACAGUCACGCCGUAGCGGUAAUAAACGAUGAGCAAAUAGCAGCCGCCACCGCCGCUUCCGCCAGGAUUGCAUCCCGAAACCAGCUGCAGUUCCAGCGACACGUCCUACGCAGCUUCCGGCUCCGCGCGCAGGCCAACAAGGAGCGGCUACAAAACGAGAUCGGACUGGCUUUCAACAACAUCGCGCAGCAGAACGCCCUGCUCGCCGUCGAGAUCGGCAGGGCCACCCGGACCGACGGCCUGGCCGUCAAGACGAUUGCGUUUGUCACGUUUGCCUUCCUGCCCGCCACGCUCAUCUGCGCCAUCUUCAGCAUGCCAUUCUUCGAACUCGAGUCCGGCACCGGUCAGCUCCUGGUCUCGGACAAGUUCUGGAUGUACUGGGCCGUCACCAUCCCCGUGACCUUGCUGGCGCCGCUGCUGUGGGAAGUCUAUAACCGGCUGUCGCUACCGCAAGAUGCUGGGAGUACAGGAGAAAAACUGAUUCAGAUUCCAUCUGGAUUGCAUGAUGUUUUGCAAAGGCUUUCAUUGCGAGGUGGGCAAACUCGAGGAGGGGAUACAACAACAGAGGUUUGAAUGGGACAUCUCGAGGGGCAGUAGAGAAAACAAGGGAUCGGAGUUGGGGGAGGAUAUAUUUUCGGGUUCAAAGAGACGUAAACUUAGCUGUGCCUGGCGUGUGCUGUUUAGAACGCUUACUUGUUUGAUCCCUCCAAGUAAUAGCUUUGGUUUUGGGGAAUUUAUACACCCGAGUUAUACCAGAGAAGAACUGAACUUUACAUUUGCACUCCAAUGUUAGUCCCAUCAAACACUACCAUAUCCUCUGAAAUAUACGGG